AUGGCCUCAGAACGGCACGAGGACGUCCUCGCCGACGGACUCGAUGUCGGAGGCAUCUUCAAAGACCCUGAAGGCUACUACCAGGAGAAAGAGCCUACCUUUGCCGAACACCAGAUGCUCUCCGGCCGCACUUUGCGAGUCCGCCUUGUCGGCAGCCAUCCUCUCUACGGCGAUCUGCUAUGGAAUGCCGGUCGCACCAGCGCCGAGUACCUGGAACAGAGGGCUGCCGAGCUCGUCGAGGGCAAGGACAUCCUGGAGAUCGGAGCUGCAGCAGGCGUGCCCAGCAUUGUCUGCGCGAUCAAAGGCGCCCGUACAGUGGUCAUGACUGACUAUCCAGACCCGGAACUGGUGGACAACAUGCGCCAGAAUGCUGCAUCCUCCGCACCGCUCAUCCCAGAACGCUCUCACCUACACGUCGCAGGUUACAAAUGGGGCGCCUCAACUGAGGAGAUAAUGUCGUUCCUUCCGCCUGGAUCGCAAGGGUUCGACUUGCUUAUUAUGGCAGACGUGGUGUAUAGCCAUCGCGAGCAUGGGAACCUGAUUUCCACCAUGCAGCGGACGCUCAAGAAGUCUCCGGACGCGAUCGCCCUGGUCAUCUUUACCCCAUACCAGCCAUGGCUGCUACCAAAGACAGAAAAGUUCUUUCCUUUGGCUGAAGAGAAUGGAUUCAAGGUAACAAAACUGUUUGAGAAACUUAUGGACAAGGUGCUCUUUGAAAAUGAUCCAGGGGACGAGAAACUGAGACGAACGGUCUUUGGAUACGAGAUCCGGUGGGCUCCUGAUAGACUCGAUACUCUAUUGUCUGAACGUUCUAUUAUCGUGUUGAUAUUGUAUUUAAGUCAUGUAGUUCCUUGGGCAGUCUCGGCAAGCCGAGCGCAUCGCUCUUCCGGCCCCAGUCACAUGCGACCGCAUGCCCAAGAAAAAAGUCUCCGCCACGGAGAUCUGGAUUCACCCCGCGUCUGCCAGCUUCACGAAACGAUGCCCUUGAUCAUUCUUACCGGCUACCCCUGCUCGGGCCUCACCUACCGCGCGCACCAGCUUGCCGCGCUUCUCGAAUCUGUGCAGGACCGAUUCCUCCCCGCCGAUACGACGACGGCCACAGACUCGUCGCAAAAGCCCCGAUACAAGAUCCAUGUCGUCCCUUCACAUGAUUUGUCUCAUCCUCGGACAGUCUACGACAAUGCGCGGACGGAGAAGGAGGCCAGAGCCGUCGUGUUCGCCCGGGUCAAGCGCGCACUGGGGCGGGAUACCAUCGUCCUCGUGGACGGGAUGAACUACAUCAAGGGGUGGAGAUAUCAGCUGUGGUGUGAAGCGAAAGCUGUCGGGACGACUUGCUGUGUGGUUCACGUUGGAACUCCUAUCGACACAUGCGUCGCGAUAAACAAUGCACGUUUGCGCCGUCAAGGGCAGCAGGUGAAACAGCACCCGGAUGGUCAAUCGCAGCCCGCAAACGGAGGAGACAACGCUCUGGAGAAUGCCGAAACACCAGCCCCAGCGCAAGAUACCACCGUUGACCUGGCAGAAGUCGACAACGAGGAGCCUUAUCCUCCUGAAUUACUUGAUAACCUGAUAUUCCGCUACGAGGAACCGAGCACGCAUAGUCGCUGGGACAAGCCCUUGUUUACGGUGCUCUGGUCUGACGCCUCUCCGCCUGUCGAGGAUAUCUGGACAGCCAUCACAGGGAUACAGGUCCAGAAACCGACAACAACCACGCCUCUAUCGAGUCUCCUCUCUACAACGACGACGACCUCGGAAUCUACUACUACUACUGCUCCUCCGCCCCCUCCAUCAGACACAGCUAGUAUUGCGACAGCUACAACAACAGGAGCAACAAGAGGCACUCUUCCGCGGCCGAAAAUCAAACCCCACCAGGCGACCGUCCAGCCCGCAGCGACGGAUCCCACAGCCCUGUAUUCCUUCGAGAAACGCACCUCCAACAUCAUCUCAGCCAUCCGCGCAUUCGCGAUGUCCAACCCGUCCGCCUCAGCCGCGCUGGCACAGAGCCCCGACAGCAAAGGCAUCACGAUCCCCGUCCCCGAGUCUUCCAUCCCCGUAUUCAUCCCCGCACACAUCGCCACAGGCGCAACGACAGAUGAACUAGCCGGCGUGGGGGGGAUACUGGCCCUGCCGCGCCUACAACGGCUCCGACGGCAGUGGAUCGGCCUGAACCGGGCGUACGUCGGACAGAACCACGGCCAAGGCAAGGGCACACUGCGGAUCGAGCAGGUCGGCGACGCGUUUGUGCGGUUUCUCAACGCCGAGUUGGCGGGUGAGAAUGUCCCUGAGGAAGUAGAUAGCUAG